AUGUGUCCAUCUCGCCCAAUUCGGAUCCUCAACUUUUUGACGGAAGCCGGAUCCAAAAACUGGUGCUCUUCAAUCCAGCUUCAGGGUAUUGCCAAACUGUCGACGAGAGGUGUCACGACUGUUAUUCACUUCGGCGACGGCCACAGACUGCCUAAGCGAAGUGUCGACAAAGCUGCCCGCACUGAGUACAAUCCGCCGUGGUCCGUCACCGGCCGCCAGGGAUACUAUGCCAAUCCGUUCGAGCCUCAAAGGCUGACGGAGGUGGUGUGUUUUUAAACUUCAGAUAUACGGUUGAUUACAGCCAUAACGACACCGACUUCGGCGUCGUAGAGACCGGCAGGCUCCGCGGCGGGCCAUGCUGCGGUACUGGCGUCGAGAUGGCUCGUUGGCGAAUUCGUGCCCGUCGUCCCUUGCUAGCUGAGGUCAGUGAAAGGCAAUCCACUGAUUUUGAAGCUGUUCUGAGAGGAUACGAUAAAGCCCGGAACGGGUUCUUGGGCAAUGCAACGGCAACAAAGCGGACCGUGCCCCCGGCCGCGAGGCGGCACUUCUCGGCGUCGGCUCGAUCGAUGCAACACCUCGAGCCCGUUUUCGGCCGCGAUCUCGACGAGGGUGCCCAGACGAUUGGGAAAGGGGCCAUCGUGACCGUCAAGGUCGUUUGCAAGAGUUAG